CUCGGAUCGGGCAUAAGUUGUAUGGUAUUUUAUUUAAUUGGUGUUUGAAUUUGUUCUGAAACACAACGUAGGACAGAACUCUGUUUAGUUCUAGAUAUGGCUAAUAACGGCACAAAGCGUUUAUUUAAAUAUUUUGUAGAAACUUCUGUUCAAUCUUCAAGGUGUUAUGGCACAGCAAAACGAGUUGUGGCUGCAAAGCCAGUGGUGGAAAUGGAUGGUGACGAAAUGACACGCAUUAUUUGGGCUAUGAUCAAAGAAAAGUUGAUUUUUCCAUAUGUCAAGUUGGACUGCCUGUAUUACGACCUGGGACUGCCUCACCGCGACGCGACAGACGACCAGGUGACCAUAGAUGCUGCGCACGCAAUUCUGAAGCACAAUGUCGGCAUCAAAUGUGCGACAAUAACUCCCGAUGAGCAGAGAGUAGAAGAAUUCAACCUGAAGAAGAUGUGGCUGAGCCCCAACGGCACGAUUCGUAACAUCCUGGGCGGCACUGUGUUCCGAGAGCCCAUACUUUGCGCGAGCAUCCCACGCGUGGUGCCGGGCUGGACCAAACCCAUCGUGAUCGGCAGACACGCACACGGGGACCAAUACAAAGCACAAGACUUCGUCGUGCCCAAGCCGGGGAAGGUUGAAAUGGUAUACACGGCGGAAGACGGCACAGUCACGAAUUACCUACUAUACAACUUCAAAUCGCCGGGUGUCGCGAUGGGGAUGUACAACAUAGACGAAUCCAUCAGAAGCUUUGCCCAUUCCAGUUUUCAGGUAGCGCUACAAAAGAAAUGGCCUCUAUAUUUGUCUACAAAGAACACAAUAUUGAAGCGGUACGACGGUCGCUUUAAGGACAUUUUCGAAGAAAUCUAUCAGAGCGAUUACAAGAAACAGUUCGAAGACGCGAAGAUCUGGUAUGAGCACCGCUUGAUCGACGACAUGGUGGCGCAGGCCAUCAAAGGCUCCGGCGGGUUCGUGUGGGCCUGCAAGAACUACGACGGAGACGUGCAGUCCGAUAUUGUGGCACAGGGUUACGGGUCUUUGGGUAUGAUGACGUCAGUGCUGAUGUGCCCGGACGGCAAGACCGUAGAGUCCGAAGCGGCUCACGGCACCGUCACUCGCCAUUACCGGAUGCAUCAACAAGGGAAACCGACUUCCACCAAUCCGGUGGCUUCUAUAUACGCUUGGACCAGAGGGCUGAUGCAUCGGGCCAAACUGGACAACACACCUGAACUGGAGCGAUUCGCGUUAGCUUUGGAACAAGCUUGCGUGGAGUGCAUUGAUAGUGGGAAAAUGACAAAGGACUUGGUGAUUUGCAUUCACGGCUUGGCUAACACUAAGGAAGGCAUGUUUUUGCACACUGAAGACUUCCUUCUGGCCAUCGCCGAUCAAUUAGAGCGCAAACUAUCCUCUAAAUAAUUGUAAAGAAAUUAUAAAUGAUAAAUUUUAUAAAUCAUUGGCAUUCUUUGAAUGUCUGUGUCUUUGAUUAUAAACACGCCUAGAUAGAGAUUCCAAAUAAAAUACACAAAGAAAACGGCUCAUGUUACGCGCAACGUCUUUAAUGUCAUUUUUUGAAAGCAGUCAAUGUGUGCAUGUGUAGAGACGAGCAUAUCCACCAUAUGUAGUAGAUAUUUUUUGGGCCGCUUCCGUGCAGUUCAGGCGUGUAUAUAAUCAAAGGUAUUAGUGUUAUUUUCAAUUCAUAAUUAUUUUGUCCAUCAAGCUCAGUAUCAUGAACAGC